AUGUCAGCCUCAGCGUCAAAAGAAGCUUUCGCAUCGGGAAAUACCCUUACGCCAACCCAUGUUCCUGCAACAGCCUCAUCGCAUGACCCGAACCAUAAUUCGACUUUCGGGAGCUCUUUCCUACAUGGACAUCCUUCUUCGCCAGUGCUUGAGAAUGUUUCAGUUCUAGAAGAGGUCGGAUUCGUCGCCGAUUCGCCUGAUAUACAUAAUCAUGCCGCCACUGCUUCGAAACAUCAUUCGAUCCUAGAAGCUCAAGAAAAGGGCCAAAUGGAAAAGGCCUCUGCCAUUGAUACUGAGACGCCUGUAGUGCAGAAAGAUGUUACGAAAGGCGUAAAGGAAUCUGGAGCAGAAGGGGAGUCCGAUAAUGAGAUCGUCUAUCCUGGUGGCCUUAAACUGGGCCUCUUGACUUUCGGGCUCUGCGUGGCUACGUUUGUGGUUGCAUUGGGGGUUCUUCAACUCGUGGCCUUUACUGAUCCAAUUUUAGACAACACUAUUCUUGCUACGGCCAUUCCCAAGAUUACAACGGUUUUUCCAAAUUCACUGAAGGAUGUAGGAUGGUAUGGAUCAUCAUACCUACUCACCAAUACAGCACUACAACCUUCCUUCGGUCGAAUCUACACCUACUUCGAUGUCAAGAGCACUUUCUUGUUCGCAUUAUGCCUGUUCGAAGUGGGCUCCAUCGUAUGUGCUGCAGCAAAGAACUCAGUCAUGCUCAUCAUUGGACGUGCUAUAGCCGGCGCUGGAGCAAGUGCACUCUUUUCUGGUUCCAUGAAUAUCCUCGGUUUCACUGUCCCAUUGCACAAGCGGCCGCUGUACAUUGCCUGCAUCUCAAGCAUGUUUGGUAUUUCUUCUGUGGUUGGGCCGCUUCUAGGAGGUGCUUUCACAGAUAAUUUAUCGUGGAGGUGGUGUUUUUGGAUCAACUUGCCUAUUGGAGCUAUUGCUAUUAUAACUGUUGCGAUAUUCUUUAAGUCGCCAAGACGGAUGGCGAACAAUAUGACAGUAAAGCAAAAUAUUCUGGAAAUUGAUCUUCUUGGAGCCUUGCUUCUCAUAUGUUCUAUUGUGUGUUUACUAUUGGCCCUGCAGUGGGGCGGCACCACUUACCCUUGGAAGAACUCGAAAGUGUGGGGCUGCAUUGUUGGGUUUGGUCUUAUAAUCAUCCUCUUCGUUGCCCAACAAUUCCGUCGUGGCGAUCGGGCUACCAUCCCUCCGAGAAUUUUUGGGCAAAGGACUGUGUUGUUUUCUAGCCUCUAUUCGUGCUUCCUGUCGAUGGGACUCUAUGUACACAUCUACUUCCUACCCUUCUACUUCCAAGCAGUCAAGGGUACAACAGCCGAGGGGUCUGGCAUAAGAACUAUACCGUACCUCGCGUCAAUAAUCCUCAGUUCCAUCGUCGUCGGUGCCGGAAUAACUGCCAUCGGUGUGUACAAGCCCUUCAUGAUCGUCGGCUCCGCGAUCUUCACCAUAGGCUGCGGAACCAUCUACCUCCUCAACGUUCACUCUGGCGCAGGCGAAUGGAUCGGCUACCAGCUACUAUCCGGCUUCGGCGCCGGCGCAGGCGUACAGAUCCCUUUCAUCGCCGUGCAAGUCGUGCUCAGCGAGAGAGACAUGCCUACGGGUAAUGCCAUCGCUAUUUUCUUCAAUUCGCUCGGUGGCGCUAUUUCGAUUUCUGUUGCGGAGGCUGUGUUUUCGAAUGGCUUGUAUAAGAACAUUCCGAAAUACGCGCCGGAUAUUCCUGUGAGUGUUGUUGUUAAUGCCGGAGCGUCGAGUCUGAGGAAGGCGGUUGAGAAGAUUAAUCCACUGAGUUUGGCGGGGGUGUUGCGGGGGUAUAUGUUGGCACUUAAUCAGGCUUUCGUAAUUUCGAUUGCGGUUGGGGGGGUUGCCACUUUUGCUGCUUGUUUUGUGGAGUGGAAGAGUGUUAAGGGGAAGAAGAUCUUGCAUGGUGGGGCUGCGUAG